AUGGGUGUGAGAGGCGACGAGGAUGACAAUGGUAGUGACAGCGGCGGCAGUGUCGGAGAAUAUGAGGGAAGAAUUUUCACGGCGGUGGGAACAUCGGGUAUGAACCUCGGUCAAGAUGUUCUGGGAAACAGGUCAAUGCCGGCAUGCGGCGGAGAAGCUCCGUCGCCGUCAGGGAUUAAUCUGGCAGCGACUUUGGCAGCGGAGAGGCAAUUCAAGGGGGCCUAG